GGUGCGCCAAGAUGUUUGACAGCUCACAGUAUCCCUACAAUUGCUUCAAUUACGACGCCGACGACUACCCAGCCGGCAGCUCGGAUGAGGAGAAGCGGCUCACGCGGCCGGCGUACAGCUACAUCGCGCUGAUCGCCAUGGCCAUUCAGCAGAGCCCCUCGGGCAGGGUGACCCUGUCCGGCAUCUACGACUUCAUCAUGCGCAAGUUCCCCUACUACCGAGCCAACCAGCGCGCCUGGCAGAACUCCAUCCGCCACAACCUGUCCCUCAACAGCUGCUUUGUCAAGGUGCCUCGGACGGAAGGCCACGAGAAGGGCAAGGGCAACUACUGGACGUUCGCGGGCGGCUGCGAGUCGCUGCUGGACCUCUUCGAGAAUGGCAACUACCGGCGGCGGCGCCGGCGCCGUGGCCCCAAGCGGGACGGGGCGGGGGAGGCGCGGGCGGGGGGCGUAGAGGGGCCUCCGGGGCCGCCUGAGCCAGCCCCUCACCGCCAGCCCCCGGGCCCUGUUAGCCGCGCUGCCACGGGGAAGGAGGAGCCCAGGGGCAUCAAGUUCAGCAUUGACUACAUCCUGUCCUCGCCCGACCCUUUUCCAGGGCUCAGGGGAGGGGGCAUGAGGACUGCCGCCCCCUGCCCCAUGGGGAUGAGCCUGGCGUAUAGCCCUGUCAGCAAAUACUCCAGGAGGAAGCUGCAGAAGGGCAUGUGCUGUCUAUCGCCUAUGCAAUUGGCCACCAGUGGCAGGAACCCUGGAGGAAAACGAGCAGGGAGCUCUGUCCCCAGCGAGAAGGUGGGGUGGCGGGGCCGUGCCAGUGUGGAACCUGGUGGGCAGCGGGGCCAGGGUGGUGGUGCAGCCGCUGCCUCCCUCAGUGACACAGGUCCGGGCUGA